UAGUGAAUACGAUGUAGUCUUUCUUUGUUGCGCUCUCUUCCUUCGGGAAAAAAAAGGAGAGAAGGGGAGAGCACUGCAACAGGGGAGGGGGCUAAAAGUUUACGGAUUUUUCCUUGAGCCAGAACUAGUACGGGUGGGGACGGAGGCAGAGUUGCGAAACAUUUAUUUUCCUCGUUUCUUUAUAUGAAGCGUUUGACUCAUCAUUUCGCGGAUUUACACAGACACAAGCAGUGGACAAAGUUCGAUUUGUGUUUGGAUUGGAAACAACAGUCUGCAAGGCAAUGGCGGUAUCAGUGAACAGAGACAUGACCGUGAUGGUUGAGGACACUACAGUGCGCAAGCUGACUGACAGACAGGAAGCUCUGAAGAGGAGCAUCCAGAAAGGAGAGGCCAAAGUUCUGGGUGUCUCCCAGGUGAUGGUGGGUCUGCUUGUCAUUCUCUACUCCCUUCCUCUCCUGAUCCCUGCCUUCACAGAGGUCGUGACCUUUGGGGUGCCCUGGUGGAGCGGAACAGUGUUCAUUAUAACAGGAGCAGUUGCCAUAGCAACGGACAAACACAGCAAUAUGAAAUUUCUGUCUGUGUGUUUGGUCACCACGGGGAUUGGCCUGCUGGUCUCCAUCCUGGCCCUCAUCUUCUACUUCAUCGACCUGUACAACCACCCCGACAUCACCCCCCCCAGCAAAGACUGCAACCCCCACACCGAGGACUGCCGCACUGAGCACCUGGCUGUCGCCUUCAGUAGAGGUGUAAAGUCUUCACUCCUUCUCUUCACGAUUGUCCAUGCUGUUAUUUCCUCCAUUCUGGGCUACAAUCUGUACAAGGACCGGAAGUGUUUCACUGAUUACACGACCAUGGACCAGCUUAUUCCUCCAUCCUCCACGAUUGAACUCAACUGACCAAUCACAGCCGGAGGAAAGGCAACACUCACUCCAGAUCAAGAUCGCCUUCCCCGUUGCAAUCAGCUAUUGUUUAUGACAUAUGACGAUGCACUAUAGCCGUCUGUUAUAUAAACAGCAUUUUAUACCUGUAGGCACUCUGCAGUCAGCCACACUGUUUGUCUUUAUGGAGAUUAUGUCUGUUUUGUUUUGCUACAAUAAGAAAUAAAUAAUUUGUAUCAAA